CUUGCUCGGUGUAUUCCGUUGUCGUGUCGUCGAUUUCACAGAUAAAUCAUUCACCAUGGGUAAAUACGUCCAGGCCCAACGUAAGGGAAAGUCCCCUAUUUUCCAAGCGCACACGCGGACUCGCAAGGGUGCCGUCAAACUUCGCGCUCUGGAUUACGCCGAAAAGCACGGUUACAUCCGCGGCGUCGUGAAGGAAAUUCUGCACGACCCCGGUCGCGGAGCUCCCGUCGCCAAGGUUCAGUUCCGCGAUGCUUACCGCUACCAGCGCAACAACGAACUCCUCGUUUGUACGGAAGGCAUGUACACGGGACAGUUCAUCUACUGCGGCAAAAAGGCGUCUUUGACCGUCGGCAACGUCCUGCCGCUUUCGGCCGUCCCGGAAGGCACCAUUGUCUGCAACGUCGAAGCCAAGUUGGGUGACCGUGGGGCCUUUGCGCGCGGCUCGGGAGCCUUUGCGGUUGUGGUCUCGCACGACGAUGAUAAGGGCACCACCCGGUUGCGUCUACCCUCGGGCGGCAAAAAGUCCGUUCCCUCUGCGGUCCGUGCACAAAUCGGUAUCGUGGCCGGAGGCGGACGUACCGAUAAACCUCUGCUCAAGGCCGGACGGGCCUACCACAAGUAUUCCGUUAAGCGGAACUGCUGGCCCAAGAUUCGUGGUGUGGCUAAGAAUCCCGUGGAGCAUCCUCACGGAGGAGGUAACCAUCAGCACAUUGGUAUGCCCAGUACAGUUGCUCGGGACCGUCCCGCGGGUCGGAAGGUUGGUUUGAUUGGAGCCCGCCGAACUGGACGUCUUCGUGGAGCCCGAAAGACGGCACAAGAUAAGGAUUAAUCCCAAUAAAGAUUUUCUACUACAGCGAC